AAAAAACCCUAGAUCGGACGGUCCACAAAACACUAUAAAACGAGCCUAAAAAUUCCCAUCCCAGCCCUCCCGUCAUUUUCUUUUCCUAAGCUCUCUGCUUCUCACAAGUCAUUACUCUGUAAACCCUAAAAAAUGCCGUUUAAGCGGUACGUUGAGAUCGGAAGGGUCGCUCUUGUGAACUACGGGAAGGAAUAUGGAAAACUCGUCGUUAUCGUCGACGUUAUCGAUCAAAAUCGAGCGCUUGUUGAUGCCCCUGAUAUGGUGAGAUGCCAAAUGAAUUUUAAGAGGCUUUCCCUCACAGAUAUUAAAAUUGACAUCAAGAGGGUCCCAAAGAAGAAGACACUGAUCAACGCAAUGGAGGCUGCUGAUGUUAAGAACAAGUGGGAGAAUAGCUCUUGGGGCAGGAAGCUGAUUGUUCAGAAGAGGAGAGCUUCCCUUAAUGACUUCGAUAGGUUUAAGCUGAUGUUGGCAAAGAUCAAGGUGUAUUUCAGUGUUUUAUGUUGCUUCUUGCUUCUGUUCAAUCGUUGCAUACUAAUAUUUUUAAGUUGUAUGACUUAAUGCUUUUCUAUAUAAAUUGUAGGUGAUAGACUAUGAUAGAUUGGGGUAGAGUUUCUGUGUUUUUCAUUUUUUUUUUUUUGCCUUUUCUUCGUUGAGCAUAUACGCUUUACAAAGCCUAAUAGACUGUAAAUGUGGAUAUGCAGAGGGCUGGAGUGGUCAGGCAGGAACUUGGAAAGCUGAAAAAACAGAACGCAUCCUAAUCAUUUUUUUGUUGGGUUUCUAUUUUUGUUAUGAUUAUCAGCAAGCUGUAUUUCUUGGCUUUUUAUCUAUUUUGGUUUUCAGGGUCGAAAAUUUAAGAGCAGUUUAAUGAGACAUUUGUAUUCUAUGGCUGGACCUCAUAUCCAUUGUUUAGUUAUUGGGAAGCCUUUUAUUGUGGCA